AUGGCGUCGCCGGGCAGUUAAAGGAGCCGCCUGUCACGUGAGCGUGGGGCAACUCCUUAGCAGAGAGCGCGGGAGCCGCUGGCUUCCUUUAUAUUUUUAUUUUCUUUGAGUCUCCAAUCCGAGGGGGAGAACCAAGGUGGAAGUGGAGAAGGUCAAACAAUAUAUAUAUAUAUAAAAAGAGAGGCGGACAGAGCGUUGCCCCGCUUUCACCCACACCCCCAACGACGGCGAUGAUGGUGGAGUCCGGGCCGCUCCCCAGUGGGUUGCCAUGACGACGGGCGUAAUCAAAGCGGCGGUGGAGGGGGAAGUCAGCCAGGCCGGAGGGGACGAAGUGGUCCAGUUUUUCACAUAAUGCUAUGCAGCAUUCUGUGCAAUGAGGAAAGGCCGUCCACAAAGACCAUUGCCUAGAAAGAGGCAGAUGUCUCCAUCUCGCACUCGGAGUCCAAUGUCUACCGUGAGUUCGAGCAGCAGGUCACCAUCUCUGCUGAACAGACAAGGAAUUCCAACUACUUACCUAACGACGGGGCAAAGGUGUCAAGGAGAUGCAGCUGAAGAAGGCGAUGAUGCAAGAAUUCCCUCUGAAUGUUCAGUUGGACAAGGUGACAAUUGUAUCAGUCCAGGUAUCAGGUACAUAACAGAAACUCUUAUUAAGAAGCUGACCAAACAGGAAAAUGUGGCACGCGUAACUACUCUGAAUCUUUCCCUUGCCAGAGAUGGAGGAAAGAAGUUUAAGUACAUAGAAAAUCUGGAGAAAUGUGAUAAACUAGAGGUCCUCAAUCUCAGUAACAAUCUGAUUGAGAAGAUUGAAAAACUGGACAAACUUUUAAAGCUAGGUGACCUCAAUCUUUCAUACAACAAAAUAAGUAAAAUAGAAGGUAUUGAACACCUACACAAUUUACAGAAGCUGAACCUUGCUGGGAACGAGAUUGAGCACAUCCCAGUGUGGAUGGGGAAAAAACUCAGGUCCCUGCGCAUCCUGAAUUUGAGAAAAAACAAAAUAUCAUCACUCCAUGAGGUAGCUAAACUUAAAUCUCUUAAAGAUUUGACUUCUCUGUUCCUGGCAGACAAUCCUGUCGUAAACCUGUCUCAUUUCCGUCUGUAUACCAUAUUCCAUUUGAGGUCACUGGAAGAUCUUGAGGGACAGCCAGUGACAAACUGUGACAGGGAAGAAGCUCUUGAGAGGUUUAAUCUAGAAGAGAUAGAAAAUCUAGAAAAGGAUUUGGAGAAAACUAUGAAAGAGAUGGAGGACCUUAAAAUGAAACAAUCUAACCUGCUUGAACAACUUCAGCAACAAGAUAACCUGAACACAUCAUUAAAACAAAACAACUUGCAACAGAAACAAAGAUGUAAAGACCUGGAGAGUGAGCUGGAGACAAAAAAUGAGCUGCUAAAGCAGAAGACAAUGGAAUUAACCCGAGCCUGUCAGAAACAAUAUGAGUUGGAGCAAGAACUGGCUUUUUAUAAGAUUGAUGCCAAGUUUGAGCCAUUGGGUUAUUAUCCGGCAGAGGAUGUUGAACUUGAUGAUGUACCGGGUGAAAGCCCUUACAUUGGGAAAGCUAGAUACAAAAGGAACAUGUACGCUGUGGAAGGUUUCAUCCCCAAUAAGGCUCAGAAAAUGCAAGUGGGAAACCUGGAAGAGGAAGAGCAACAAAAAAUUCAGAAGCUGAAACUGAAUAUUCUUCAGUCGCUAGAUGCACAACUAGAGGAAAAAGAGAGAAAGAUUAAAGGAGCCGAAGAAAAAUUGGCGGAAUUGCAUAGUGAAGCAGCAAAUGCACAGCACCGUGUUUUAAAAGCAACAGAGGAGCUAAAACUAGUCCAAGAUGCUGUGGCUCAGAAAAAGAUGUCAGAAGUGGAAAAGGAUUGUCUCCGACAACAGCUAAGCAGCAAGAUACUUCUUCUGAAUCAGCUACGAGAAGAAGCUCUAGAACUAGAGAAACAGAUGGAAAGGCAGAGGCAGGACAUGGCCAGAAAAGAGAAGGAGUUGGAAGACCUGCAGAGUUUUAUAGAUUCUCUGGAUCCGAAAGACCCAAGACAUGCGCAUAUGAAGGCUCAGAAAGCAAGCAAGGAACAGCAACUUGAUAUGAUGAACAAGCAUUGCAAGCACCUUGAAAGCCGCCUGGAUGACAUGCUGUCUCGGAUUGCAAAGGAAACUGAGGAAAUCAGGGACCUGGAGCAACAACUCACAGAUGGCCAAAUAGCAGCCAACGAUGCCUUGAAGAAAGACUUGGAAGGAAUUAUCCUUGGGUUACAGGAAUAUCUGGAGAGCGUUAAGAGUCAGGCCAAGCAAACCAGUGAUGAAUGCAAGGAGCUGCAGAGGGAUAAGGAGGCUUUAUUGCAAAGGUUGGAGGAACUGGAGGAUGAGAGAAACCAGCUGGAAAUAGUUGCCAUGGAUGCAGAAAACCUGAGAAAAGAAAUGGCAGACAUCGAACAGGCACUUGAGGAGCAGCGAGAAUUCAACGAGGCCCUGCAAGAGGCCCACAGGGAACUUAGCACUUAUGAAGCUGAGCUGGAGGCUGAACUGAAGGCCCGAGACGCUGAAGCCAAUCAGCACAAGGAAGAACUGGAGAGGCUAAAACAACUUAGUCAACUGGAACAUUCUGCCCUCCAAGCUGAACUUGGCAAAGAAAGACAGGCCUUAAAAAAUGCCUUAACCAAAGCACAAUUAUCGGAAGAGAGAGAACAGGAAAAUAAGAAACUGCUUUCUCAGCUCAAACAACUGCAGAAAGACAAUGAUCUUUUGAAACAACAGCUUAAGGAUACUCAAAAUCAACUGAAUCAUGCAGUCAGUAGUUUAAUUCAUCCUGAAGAAGUCUUGGCUCGUGUGAGUGAACUCAAAAGAAAGCUGCAGACUGGGGCAGAAAUCAGGUCUCAUAACUCAAAGGAUGUUUUAGGGGAAGGCCUUGCAGAUCUACAGAAACAGUUUGAUGAGAUCCUUGCUCAUUCUCAGCAAGAAAAUGAGGCAGUCCGGGCCAGAGAGAGAGAGCUGCAGAAGGAGCUGGCAUCCCAGCAAGCUAAGCUGGAAGAGGCACAAGAAAAAUACAGGCUGGCCUGCAACAGAGCUGCAGAAGCCAAGAUUAAAUCUGAGAAGAGACAGAAUGAAGCCAGAGUUCAACAACUAGAGAAUGAAAUCCAGCACCUCUGUGAAAACCUGAAGAGCAUGGAGGAAAUCCAGGGCCUCACAGAUCAGCAGCUUCAAGAAGCUGAUGAGGAGAAAGAGAGAAUUCUUGCUCAGCUGCAAGAUCUGGAGAAUAGGAAAAAAGUGGAAGAUGCCAAAGCACGAAUGCAAUUUCUUGAUAUCGAUAAAGAACUGAGGGAGUUAAAGAGAGCAAUAUCAGCUUCAGAUAAACAAGCAGCAGCAGAUCUCUUUGCAGCCAAAGAUCAGCUCAGGUCACUUCACGGGACUGUAUGCAAAAUUAACCAGGAACGCAGCAAGGAACUUCAGGAAGCAGAAAAAUUCUGUAUGCAGGCCACUGAGGCUUCUAAAGAUCUUGCCAGAGCAGAAGCAGAAAUAGAAUUGUUGCAGAAACUUCUGAAAGAAAAGGAGGAGUGGUUUCAGAGUGAAAUGGGAAAGGCUGAUGCUGAGACUGCAGCUUCAGCUUUUCGAAAAGAGGAAAUGGAUAAGUUAAAGGAGCUGCUGAAAUGCCACAAAGAAGAAAUUGACCGACUGCGCAGUGCAUUAGAGCAGGCUCGGACAGGCAAUAGGGAAGAAAUUGACAGCAUAUUGAAUGAAAUUUCUGCACUCAAGCAUGCCAUCUCUCACCAGAAUGAUGCUAUCACCAGCAUAAUGGAGCCGAUCAAACAGAGAGGACAUCUGUAUUAUAUGCCAUCAUUAUCACAAGCAACUACUCCGGCAUCUCAGAGUACCAAGGAUUCCGGCGUUGGCCUGCAGUGCCCCAUGUCGACCCCAAUUACAAAAGGACAUGGGGAGGGAGGGCAAAGCAAGAAGGAAUGUCCCAUCCCCCCUGCUGCAAGAGGGUGCAGGGUGCAUACACCAGUCAGGAGUGGCCUGCAGGAAUCUCCUUCCAAUGGAGGGAUCCAAGAUAAUGGAGAAGUGAACAUUCACAGCACCUCCUCCUUUGUGCCACCCCCCGGCUCAGUCAUUUAUACUCUACUGCCAGAUGGUGCUCCACCCCCUCAGGCAACAGUGCUGUAUGGCACAUCUUCUCCAGUCUCAGCCAGUGGAGCACUGUUUCCUCCAACUGCGGUUAUACCUGGUUCACCUCCUGCUGGAGCUCAGCUUAUAUAUAGCCCUCUUCCUGCCAACUGUUCAGUGCCUCUUGUUCCUGUUGGAGUGCAUCACUGCAACAUUCCUGAGCAUCAUAACUUGGAGAAUGAAAUCUCAAGGCUACAAGACAGCAUAGAGAAGUUAAAGUCUCAGAGACGCAAAGGCGAGUGGCGGAGACCUUCUCAUUGUGAACGUAAUAGAGAGGCGGAAGAAUUGCACCAGGGCAUUCAAGACCUGUUGAGUGAAAGAGAAGAUCUGGAGUUCCAAGUAGGAGAGCUGCGGAGGAUAGCCCAGAAACGAAACAAACGAAAAGACUUCAUUGAUGGAUGCAUGAAUGGCCUGAUUUCAGACCUGGAGUUAGAGAAAUCCCUCCAGCACCGUGCAAACAUCGUAGAUGAAAUAGAAUGCAUUGAAAAGACUCUUCUGAAGCGAAGGGCAGAACUCAGGGAGGCAGACAGACUUCUUGCUGAAGCUGAAAAUGAACUUGAAAAUACUCGGGGAAAAACCAAAGACACUAUUCAGAAAUACAACAGUGCUAAGCAACAUUUGUCUCGGACUGAGAAAGAAGCUGAAGAGCUAGAACAACGGGCCCAGGAGAUGGCUCUGAGGCUUGUAAAAGCAGAUCAGCAACUAAGAUUGCUUCAAGCAGAUGCAAAGGACCUAAAAGAGCACAAAACCAAACAAGAAGGGAUUCUGACGGAAAUCAACAAAGUCAUAUCUGCAAAAGAUUCUGAAUUUCUGUCCUUGAGCCAGAAGAUCGAAAUAUUGACUGACAGUCUUCAGAAGCUGCAGGCAGAUAUACAAGUUGCAGAAGGUAAUGAAGAUCACCACCUCCAGAUUCUUAAGGAAGCAGAAAAUAUUCUUCGGAGCAAAAAGAGUGAGCUACAGAGGCUGAAGGAUCAGACUUCAGCGCAGCAGCAAGAACUGCUAAUUUUGGACAGGCUGCUUAGUCAAAAAAAGGAAGAGCUCCUCCUCCUCCAAGAUAGCCUUGCCCAGAAAAAUGCUGACCUAACAGAAGCGCUCAGGGAUGGCGAGGCUGAAGUGGCAGAAAAACGGCGGCAAAUAAAGGAAGUGAAGUCUUUUCUAGAAGAUCUGAGUGUUCAGAAAGGAGAACUCAGUGCCCAGCUAAGUGAGAAAAGGGCCCAACUUUCUCUAGUAACGCAGGAUAUCCGAAAAGUGGAAGAGAAACUACAGGGCGUCCUGGGACAGAUAAUGAAGCAUAAGACAGAACUCAGGCAUGUUCUGGAAAUGUUGCACCUCGAAAAUGCUGAACUAGAAGGCCUAAAACUCCAGCAGAGCCAAAAAGUUGACGAAUUGGAAAAAAUGCAAGUUGCAGUCCUGGAGGAGAAACUUGAGUUGGAGACUCUCCAGCGAGCAUCCCAGCAGCAACGCGGGGAAGUGGAACGUCAAAAGCAUCUUCUUGAGAGGACCCAACAAGACGCUGAGCAGCUUAAUUCUCACCUCUGUACUCUCCAAACCAGCAUCAAGACGUUGAGCGUUGAAAAGCAGCAACUGGAGGAAAACUGUGAGAGUCUGGAGGAGAAAUUGUCACAAACUAAAAGAAACCUGGCUUCUGCUGAAAACAGCAGUAAAGCCGCCCUCACCAGCAUAGAGAAAAUGGAAUUGGAUGUCCAAAAACUGCAGAUUGAUACUGACCAACUACAAAAGCGCAAAAUAUCUUUGAAUGGAGACAUUGCAGAUUUACAGAAGCAUCUUCAUGAAAAAAAGGAGGAAAUGAAUAUACUGAAGACUGAACUGUACAAUUCCAGACAGCACCUGCAGCUAUUGGAACAGGAUGUGAAAAAUGCCACAAAGCAGAAAGGGGAGCUCCUUCAGGAACAGGCAGCCCUGAAAGAUGACAUCAGUGAAUAUGCGAGGAAGAGCAAGGAGUGCCAAGAGGCACAGAGGAGGAACGAAAACCAGCUGCAGAAGCUCUGCAAGGAAAUGGAAGCACAAGAGCUGGAACGGGCCAAACAGGAGAUGGUCCUUCAUCACCUUAGGGAGGAUGCACAGCACGAAGAAAAGAAGUUGGAAGAAUGCACAGCUAAACUGAUGUAUCAGAAACGGCUGUUGGAACAAGAGCUGGCAGAGCAACACCACCAGCUGGAGCAAGCAAUUGCUAAAGUUCAGGAGGCAGAAGAAAGGAUCCAGAAGCUUCAAGAGGAGGAGUCUUUGUGCACAGCCCUUGAAGAAACCAUCAGCAAAACCCGGCAUCAGCUCUCUGAAAAAGAACUGAAGUUGCAAGAAACAGUUGGUGAGGUUUUAUCCCUCCAAAGGGAGCUGGAACUCUCAAAGGCCAAGGAGACAGUGCUCCAUGAUCAGAUCCAAACAGAAAGGAAAAAAGCUGAAAAGCAAAUCGCUGGCCUGAAGGAAGCCAUCAAGGUGCAGAGGGCCCAGCUCGAGAGAUCGCUUCACGAACAAAAACAGGAAAACUACUGUUUACGGAAAGAAGUGACCACCAUAGAGCAAGUGGCCCAGGACAACCACCUGCGAGCAAAGCGGUUGAUGAGGGACCUUGGCCAUAUCCAAGAGGAGUACAUGCAGCUCAAGUCACAGAUGAAGAGUCAAGAGAACUUGGAGAAAGAGCAGAAAGAGAUGAAGGGCACAGUGAAGUCGCUUAAGCUAGAAGUGAAGGACAAAAUGAGAACCGGGUUGAAGGAUCUGAGCCAGUCUCCUCCAAAGCUCUUGGAACAUCUGGAGGCUGCUUUUGAAGCCAACGGAAGACCUCAGAGUGACUUGGAAAGUCUGAAGGAAAACUAUCCAUUCACAGAUAACGAGGCAAGGAUGCUGUGCUUGGAUGAAAAGCUGGACCUUUCCAAAGUCCACAUCACGGAUGAGCAAUGGCGUGGAAAAGCACGCAGAGAACAACUGCAACACCACGAAGAUCGGCUCAAGGCUCGGCUUCGGCAGUGCAUGUCGAAGCAAGUAGAGGUGUUAAUCAAAGGAAAGCAACAGACGGAGGGCACCCUCUACAGCCUGAAGAAGCAAGUCGAUGCACUGGAUGAACUGUUUAGCAGCACUUCGACAGACUCAACGUUUCCUUCCUUAAACUCCUCAGGGGUCACGGACUCUCUGCAUGAAGAGUCAAAUCCGGGAAAGAACCAGUUUUCCAGAUCUCCUGCCAGGACAUCAACACAAUCUCAAGUAAUCUGUCAGUACAAGGCAUAAUCCCAACCGACAAGCAGUGACAUAUGCAACCAUUUUGGUGGGGCCCGAGUCGCUAGCCUGGGUUCAAAGGUAUCCGAAGAUUACUACCUCAUCGCUUACAAGUCCCUGUAAGACAUUUCUAGUGUAAGCUCAGGUGUUUUCUGUGCAUACGUUGUUGAAUGUUUUUCUGAGAACUUUAGCAAUGCAUGCUAGUACUGAAAGUACAAGCCAUUGAUGUCUGGGUACUUUUGUAGUUUUUUGCAGGGGGAGAAGCAGGGUCUGGAUGCAUGGAUUUAUUUAUAUAUGGGUGAAUGGAUUUAGACUUUUUUACAUUCCUUUUUCCCAGUGUUUGGUGACAUUUUGUAUUUUAUUGGAUAUUUUCUUAAUAAAAAAGAAAAACUGUU